AAACAUAUGUAUACACUAUAUUUCCAAAAGUAUUGGGACACCCCUCCAAAUCAUUGGAUUCAGGUGUUCCAAUCACCUCCAUGGCCACAGGUGUAUAAAAUCAAGCACCUAGGCGUGCAAACUGCUUCUACAAACAUUUGCGAAAGAAUGGGUCGUUUUCAGUUCAGUGAUUCAAGAUUGGUACCGUGAUAGGUUGCCACCUGUGCAAUAAGUCCAUCUGUGAAAUUUCCUUGCAACUAACUAUUCCACGGUCAACUGUUAGUGGUAUUAUAACUAAGUGGAAGCAACUGGGAACAGCAACUCAGCCACGUAGUGGUAGGCCACUUAAAAUGACAGAGCAGGGUCUGCGCAUGCUAAAGCGCACAUUUCGCAGAAGUCACCAACUGUCUGAAGAGUCAGUAGCUAAAGACCACCAAACUUCGUGUGG